AUGGGCAAAAUCAAGAAGGUUGCCAGUCAAAAGCACGAGGCUACAAUUUCGCCUUUUCUCGCUGAAUUCAUUGCCAAUGUCACAAGCCUUCCCGUCCCGGAGCUUCCUUCCCAUCUAAGCACAUUUCCUAAGCUAUGGCCGUUCCCUCGAGGCGACCUUUAUCACUGGAUCAAUGUCUUAGACCGCUUCGAUGAAAUCUUGGCCACCGUCAUCGAUAAAUACUUCCUGAACACCGGCCCACAGACACAGAGCUUCCGGAGGACCGUUUUAGAAGAGUCAUACGCAGCUGAUGCGAGCAAGUCACCAGCAGAAGGCAUCGAUGCCAAGUUGAAUUCUUUAGGGUAUGGACCCGAGGGUGACCGCGAGCUGGUAGAAGCGAUUCUGGACUUCUCCCGUAUGCUGCUGGAGAAAUGUGGAAAUCGCAGUCUAUACAGCAGCAGUGAGCGUUUGGGAGAUCUCUUGAACACCACCUCUCUGUCCCUCCUUCAAUCUACUCUACGACUGGCCCUCUGCUUGGCUCAAAGAUACCAUUCGCGCCAGCGUGGAUCCCACCAGCAGACCAUGCUGGCAGCUCACUACAAUAUCGAUCUAGACAAAUUGCUCAAGAUCUCCUCACCUUUUCCCCGCCCGUUUGUUACCGGUAAAACCCCGUUCUCUGCACCCCCGGCUGUGUCAGCCAAGGGCAAAGAAAAGGCGGGCGCGACAAAGCUCAACGCCAACGAACUGGUCUCACUCGUGCGUGACAAUGACGGCUGGGAAGAAUGGGGCCAUGUUAGGGUCCUCUACUACCCGUCAGGUGCCACUGAGCAAACUAGAACAACUUCGGAGUUUGGCCAGGGUGAGCCUGGUGCCCAUGCCCCAACCACGCCUACUCCGCUUCGUCGGAGCGCCACCCAUCCUACUCCACGUUUGAGCCGUACAAUCAGCGGAGAAGACUCUCCUGCGCUAAACGUAAGCACAGGCGGUAAGGCAGAAGAAGCAUCCCGAGCUGGAAAGAUAUUGGACCUUCCAUACUCGAAGAUCUCAUCUGGUAAGACGGAGGAUCUUCUGGCCAAUAAUCUGCCACAUCUACCUCUUGAAUCGAAGUAUGAGCUGCUUCACAAGGUUCGUGUUGCCCAAGCUUUGUCUGGGUCUCGUGAAACCCGCGAGCAGAUUCUUGCAAUCCGGAUUCUCGCCAUGACCAACCUAGCCUAUGUUCACCCGGAGUCAUCAUUCCAGCAGAAGGUUCUUCAACAUGACUUGGAACAGUCAAAACGCCUUCAGCUGACCUUCCAGCUGGCCGAGUUGGUGCAUCUCGGCGCGAGCGGCGAUCUUGAGGUCUCAAGGCAUCUACAAACGCUGGCAAUUCAUGCCUUGGAUGCAUUGGCGAAGCAAAAGUCUCGUGCUGUGGACGUUUGCUCCGCUUUGAGUGUCAAUGUCAACCAUGGUGUUCUGAUGUUCCUGACCCGCAAGGUAGUCAACGAGCUGAGUACUGAAGAUGGCGAUACUGACAACACCUAUAAUGACGAAUGGCGCGAUGCAUUACUUGCACUUUUGCGCACACUUCCCAGUUCAAGUGCACGGACACCCGAGACUCUCGUUGCCGCUGGUCUUAUUCCAAUGUUCGUUGAUAUCCUCAAUCUUCGAACUGAAAAGGCUCGCCGAGUCUACUCUCGAGUCAUGGAGUUCCUUGAUACCUUCGUUCACGCUGUCCGUGAUGCCCUAAGCACAUUGACUACGGCCAAGGGUUUCGAUGCGAUUUCCGCUCUGAUCGACCACGAGACCAAAACCGCUUUUGAGAAGGUUUCCAGUGGAGACGGGUUUCCCCCUCAAUACAAGAAUCCUUCGAUAGAUUACCAAAUACCCUACUUCCAACAGCAAACUUUACGGUGGAUGUUUCGCUUUGUCAAUCACAUCAUGCAACACAAUGGUGGAGGAUUUGAUCGUGUCCUGCGGAAUUUGAUUGACUCCCCUCAGCUUCUUACCUCAUUGCGACUUGUCUUUGAAAACGCACGAAUCUUUGGUUCGCAUGUAUGGAGCAAUGGUGUCAACAUCCUGAGUAGCUUUAUUCACAACGAGCCUACCAGUUAUGCUGUCAUCGCCGAAGCUGGUCUUAGUAAGAGUCUUCUUGCUGCUGUCAUGGGGCGUGAGCUCAAGGCCCAGGAAAAGCCCCCUGCCAUCGAAUCCGAGGACGUCAGUAAUGAGACCGAGCCCUCGGCCCCAGUACCCACUACUGAAUCUGUCUCCACUGCUGAAAGCAAGAAAGAAGACCGUGAAUACCUUAUGGCCCGGCAGCCUGGUACGGAACUUGCCUCGGGAAUCAUUGCUGCCGCUGAUGCUCUUGCGUGCAUCCCUUCGGCCUUCGGAGCCAUUUGCCUGAACGCCUCUGGUCUUGACCUUUUUCAAUCCUCUGAUGCCCUAGAAAGUUUCUUCGAGAUUUUCGAGCAGCCGGAGCAUGUCAAGUGCCUCAAAGAUGAUCCAAACCUGGUCCGCUCGCUAGGUACCGCAUUUGACGAACUCGUGCGACACCACCCGGCUCUGAAGACUUCCAUUAUGUCUGCCGUCAUUGUUAUGGCGGCCCGUGUUAACCUCCUUGCUAAAUCCAAGGCAUGGAAGUCAGGACUGGGUGCCAAGCUAUGGACGGAAGAUCCAGAUGACAACGCCAAAGCCAUCCUAUCCGGACCUGUUGCUGACUUGUUCCGUGACAUCGGUGUUGCUGUUGAUGCCUCCAUGGAAGACCCAGCGACUAUCGGUGUUCCUCAGCUGAAUGCCCAUACCCUUCCCAACGGCUGCAAGCUGCUUGUUGGUGACGUGAGCCAGCUACUCCCAUCUGCACACAGUGAAUUUGAGCCAAAGGACCAAGACGAGCAUGGCCUUACUGUUGCAGACUACCUGUUCCCUGCCAUCCGGUUCCUCGGUGCAUUCUUUGAAAACCAGCCAAAUUGCGCAUCUUUCAUCCAGGCUGGUGGAGCGGAAUUUGUUCUGGAUUACGCAACACUUCAGAGCUUGCCAUAUGGCUUCCAUGGCACCGACCCUAACCAGGAACUGACGGUACUCGUGCACAUGAUUGCUGAAACCAAACCGCACAUUGUUAUUCCAUCUCUUGUUGAGCGGGCGCAGUCAGCAGUGAACACCCUGUCGGCCUUUUGGGCCGCGCCCAAAGAGUCGGGAUUCUUCACGUCGUUCACCAGACCGCUCGACUCCAAGGCACCUGCACCCGAGGCAACAGAAGCUCUCUCUCAUGGAACCUUCUUUGUAAAGAACCUGAAUGCCGUCCUCGUUCUUACCGACCUGCUCCGUGAGAUUUUCGCAAUGCCGCUUUACCAGACUCGACCUGCUCAACAGGUGUCUCCUUUCACCCAAGUCAAUCUCGCUGACCGUUACUGCAACCUUAUUUCUUCCCUUGGUGAUCUUUUCUCAGCAUGUGUAUGGGAGGCGAUCGUUAAUGAGAAGAAUAACCCGGAUCUUUGGACACAAGGCAAACAGCAACCCCCAGGAAAGCCCGCGGUCCCCGGACCAGGGGCUUCUCAGGACUCAUCGGCAGACUCUGCUACUGCGACUCAGGGAGAAGGCCUCGGUGCCUCCGAAGGCUCAAACACCUCGGUUGCACCGGAGCCUGAAGGUGUUGCCAAGAAAGUUGACGAAGAAAGCUCCGCUUUCAAGAAUGUUCAGAUCCUUCGGUAUCUCUUGGGUGCUCUGCCAAUUACAAUUACAGGCUUUAUGCACAAUCUUGGUCUUGGUCUUGUCAGCAAAAGGCGUGGAGACUCUUUUCAAAAAGCAAAGCAGAGUGCCAACAUGGUGGCCGAGGCCAUCGCUGACACUGUUCUACGUGCACUCCAACUCGAUGCUCCUAACUCAGGCGCAAGCUCUAAAUACCGCUUUCCCUAUCUUAUUGUCAUCCUCUCCCAGUUCUCACACCUCUUGUACGAAGCUGGUGGUGAUCGGCCAACGCCUAACUACCUGACUCUUGUCCUUGUCGCUUUCAAGCGGAACAACGGGCUCAAGGUGCUGAAGGAGAUGUGCGAAACCUUCAUGCGUGAGGUUAACGUCCUCAAGCCCUUGGAUCGCGGUGCUGAGACCGAGAAGGAAGUUGCUGAUCAACUUACCGCUGCUUACGGGGGAAUCAAAAUCAUCCUUGCGGUUUUCACAGAACUCGCGAGCGGCAAGAGUAUCGUUGAGUCUAGCCAGACACAAGCGCUGACGACCAACCAUGAUCGGGAGCGUGGUCGUCCGGAUUACUUCCAACCUGGUCAAUUCCAGGUAGAUCUCCGCAUGGAAAUCCUGCCCAUGGCUCAAGAGAUGUGGAACUCAGAAUUUGCCACCCAGUCUCAAAGCCUGAUCGUCAAAUUCUUAGUCGACAUUCUUCGCUCAUCACUGGAUGGAGAGUAUGAGUCGGGUGCUGCUUUGAAAGCCGACCCGCCACCUAUCUUGACUGAAGUCCCACGCAAGCCAUUCGUUGUCAACAAAGACCGUGCGGCAGCGCUGAAAGAGAAGGGCUUCGAGGAUGAAGAGCUGAACCAGGAGGCUCUUUACCGCUGCAACAACGUUUUGGGUCCCGCUGAAGAAUACUGCAAAGCGCAAAAAUGGCUUCGAGCUCCCCCUAGGCUGCCUCCUCGAGCCACUGACAUUCAAACUGGAUCUUCUGAAGUCGCCUCAGGCGGAGAUGGCCCUGAAGAUGUCAUUCCGGGUGACCCUAACUUCGACCCUGCUUUCUUGGAGAGCUCGGCCCUUGCAUUGCUUCUGGCCCAGGCCUCGCGCCACUCCGUGGAUGACCAUACUCGCUCGAACACAGAUGAUACAGAAGGUAUUGAUACAAGCAUACCCGAGAGCUUUGCUCGGGCGAUUGGUGCUGUGUUCCAGAAUGGUGAAGUUGUGAGCCGCGAUGAGCCUGGCGACUCAUCCCACCAAGAACGUGCCUCAUCUGCUCAAGGGCAAUCAGAGCCUGCUAGCCAACCACAAGAGCCAGUCCGUCGGCGCCAACUGCUUACUGUCGAGGAUCUAGAUGCCGAAAGAGAGAAAGUUCGAUAUAAUCUGAUUGAACGCUGCCUUGAUAUUCUCAAUGUCCACCAUGAUGUAUCAUUCGAGCUUGCGGAUCUGAUCUCUUCUGCUAUCAAGAAGCAUAGCGAGCCCGAAAGCUUCCGUCGAGAUGUUGGGGAAACUCUCGUCCAGUCACUCGUUUCCUUGCAAAUGGAGAACUUUGAGACGGCCGGAAAGAAAGUUGCAGCCUACGCCCACAUCCUUGCUCUGGUUCUUCAGGAUCGAGACAUGUACAAUGCAACUAUCGAGGAGCUCAAGGAUUGUUUCUCUACAUUCCUUGGCUUUAUCAAACUGCCUACUCCCGAGAAACCUGCCAACGAAACUUUCCCUUGGAUCGGCCAUGUAUUGCUCAUUCUAGAAAAGCUGUUGUCCGACGAUUGCCAGCCCCCUCAAAUAACCUGGAAUCCACCAAAUCCCGACAAUCCUGUCUCUGAUGACGAGCCUGCUCGCCUUCAGGAACCCCUAGUGUCCCUUGAGGAGAAGACUCAGCUUUUUGAGGCCUUGGUUGAAAUCCUGCCCCGGGUGGGCAAGGACGACACCCUAGCACUCUCUAUCUGUCGUAUUCUGGUCAUUGUCACUCGGGAACGCAGCAUUGCUGCGCGAUUUGGAGAGAAGCGCAACUUGCAGCGUCUCUUUGUCAUGGUUAAGCAGCUAGCCAGUGCCACAAAUGAUAAGCUCCAAAGCUCGUUUCUGUUGAUCUUGCGUCACAUCGUCGAGGACGAAGCUACGAUUCGGCAAAUCAUGCGCAGUGAGAUUGUCGCUAAUUUCGAGAACAAAUCAUCUCGCCAAAUUGACACUACUGGCUACGUGCGACAGUUGUAUCAUCUCGUUUUGAGGGCGCCUGAGAUCUUCGUGGAAGUGACAAACGAGAAGCUGAGACUGACCAAAUAUGAGUUUUCCCAGCGGCCCCAACUUCUUGGCCUGAAGGCCGACAAAGAUCGCACUGCUCGUCUACGUCAAGAGCAGAGCGGUGGGGAGAGUAGCAAGAAUGAGGAUAGCAAGGUUGAGACCUCUGCUCCAGAUGACAAGGAGAAGGACAAAAACCAAGGCAAGGGCGCCGAGCUUAAAGCGCCUGUGGUCGAGAACCCAGAUGGUGUUAUCCACUACCUCUUAUCAGAGCUGCUAUCCUACAAGGACGUCGAUGAUAAGGAAAUAAUCCCAACUGAAACAUCUGAGCGGACAUCUACCGACCAGCCUGAAGCCCAACCGCCGACAGACGUUGACAUGUCCAUGGAUGAGCCUACCCCCUCCGUGUCGAGCAGUGCCGAUGCGCAGCCUAGUCGCACACCUGCGAAGAAGGGUGAGAAGCAACCAUUCAACGCUGAAGAUCAUCAAAUUUACAUUUACCGAUGCUUCCUGCUUCAAUGUCUCACCGAGCUUCUGUCAUCCUACAACCGCACCAAAGUCGAGUUCAUCAAUUUCUCUCGCAAGGCUGAUCCCCUUGCCUCCACACCUUCCAAGCCACGCUCGGGCAUUCUCAACUACUUGCUAAAUGCACUGGUUCCCCUUGGAACUAUGGAGCAUGAUGAUUCAUUGGCGUUCAAGAAACGGAGCAUGACCUCGACAUGGACUAUGCAGGUCCUGGUUGCUCUAUGCACCAAGACCGGUGAAAAUAGUGGCCCUGUUAGACGCCGUAACGAACCAAAGCCAAUUGAGGAAGAUGAGCCGGACCUUGCUUUCGUUCGCAGGUUCGUGCUCGAGCAUGCACUUCGAUCCUACAAGGAUGCCAGUGCCUCAACUGAGCCCUUGGAUGCCAAAUACUCGAAGCUUAUGUGCCUUGCCGACCUUUUCGACAAAAUGCUCACCGGUUAUUCCUACUCCCAGGAUGCGGGCUUCCCAUCUUCUAACAAACAACUCGCGAAGACAAUGUUUGAGAAACACUUCAUCCCUGCAUUGACUGCUUCUGUCGCAGAUAUUGACCUCAAUUUCCCAUCAUCGAAACGCGUUAUUAAGUAUAUCCUGCGCCCGUUGAACAAAUUGACACAAACCGCGGUGAUCCUCAGUGAGGGUAAUGAAAUUUCUAACCUGGGUGAGGCCGAGGAUGACGAGAUUUCGUCUGCAACUUCAGUUUCUGACAUGGAGGAUGACCGGGAAGAGACGCCCGACCUUUUCCGCCACUCUACGCUUGGUAUGCUGGAGCCUCGCCAUGACGAGGAAGAAUCUAGCACCGAGGAAUCAGAAGGCGAGGAUGAUGAAAUGUAUGACGACGAGUACGAUGAUGAUAUGUACGACGAUGAGGAAAUCAUCGAGGAUGAUGGUGAGGUUGUCAGCGAUGAAGACGAGGAUGUCGAAGGUAGAGGUCCCAUUGAAGGUCUCUCGGGUGAUGCCGUCGAAGUCAUUAUUGAUGAUGAAGACGACGAUGACGAUGAGGACGACGAUGAAGACGACGACCAUUCUGACAUGGACGAUGAUGACAUGUUUGCCGGCGAGAUCACUGGCGAUCAUGACAACGAGAGUCUCGGAGAAGACCAAGAAGACGAAUGGGAGAGUGAAGAAAUGACAGAAGACGAAGAAGAAGCCGAGAUGAUGAACCAGUUCGAAGAGGAAAUGGCUGACAUCCGUCAAACCAACCAACCGCACUCAACUAACCGUAUUAAUGAUCUCUUCCGUGCUCUCAAUGACGCUGCUUCCGGUGGUGUUGAAGACAUGCACGGCGAUGGCCUAGGAGGAGAUAUCCACGAUGAGAUUCUUGAUGAGCUGGAUGAUGGAGAAGAAGAUGAGGAUAUGGAUGAAAUUGACGAUGAGAUGGAUGACUACGAUGACUAUGAGAUGGACCAGGGCUCCGAGGGAGAUAUGGAAGAUGACGAUCUACUCGAGCCUUGGGGUUGGGAAGGCGAUGAACCCCCACCGCCCCGACCGCACGGGCAUCACCAUCGCUUCCGUGGUGGUGCACCACCCGCCUGGGCUACUGUUACUGAAAUCAUGCCUGGACGUCAUGGUGGACUUGUGCCGCUCCAGCCUUAUCCCCGUGUCCAUCGGACCCUGCCUACGGCCCGCGGCAACGAUGAUGGUACCAAUCCUCUUCUGAUGCGCAAUGACGGUGGUGCCACCGAUCCUUCUGCUCCGCGUCUCGGAUUUACGGCAGAACCGCUUCCUCCUGACUGGAGUCAACUUGAAGGUGGUGGACGAAUGCUUGCCAUGGAAAGCCCCGUUAGCUUUAUGAACGCUAUCAUGCAGGCUAUUGGUGGACAAGCUACACCUGGCUUUGGUGUCGUCACUCGCCCAGACGGUAUUCAUGUUCAUGUCGACCGUCGGGCGAUCUUGCCCAAUCGUAUUCAAGACAUGUUCGGUUCCCUCACACGUCAUCACAAUCCCGCCGCGCGCAGCCGUGACGACCCCCUCAAUGCCGUCAAGUUUUCUUUGUCGCCAACAAGGAACCGGUGGCAGGAAGAAGCUCGUCUCCUGUUCAGCAGCACCUACGUGGAGAAAACGCAGCGUGUUAUCAAUUCUCUGAUGAAGGUUUUGGUUCCUCCCGCUAUCGAGGAAGGAAAGCAAAACCAGAAGAUCGAGGAGGAAAAGCAGAAGAUUGUUCGUGAGAAACUGGCUCAGAAAGAGAAGUUGGAACGAGAAAUCAGAGAAGAGGAGGAGCGCGUGAACAAGCUCGAAGAAGAACAUAAUGCAAGGCUACAGGCCGAAAGAGAACAACAAGAAGCCGAGCGACAGGCCGCUGGUGUUGAUGAGCCUAUGGAAGAUGUUCAGCAGACUGAUGCUACAGCUGAACCUACUGCCAGCUCGUCCGCUCAACCUGAGCCCGAGCCUGCUCAACGAGUCCACACAAUUAUUCGGGGUCGUCAGCUUGAUAUAACGGGCUUGGAAAUCGAUCCUGAAUACUUAGAGGCUCUGCCAGAAGAGCUUCGAGAAGAGGUGAUCAUGCAACAGCUUGCCGACCAGCGAUCUCAAGCCGCUGCCGCUGGCGAAGAGCCAACCGAAAUUAAUCAGGAAUUCCUGGAAGCUUUGCCUGCCGAGAUUCGAGACGAAUUGUUGCAACAGGAAGCCGCUGAUCGACGUCGUCGUGAGCGGGAAGCUGCUCGUCGACAACAGCCCCCAGCUGGUACUACUGCGCCUCGAGCUGAGGAUAUGGACGCCGCUAGUUUCCUUGCAACUUUAGACCCCUCUUUGCGUCAAGCUGUCCUCGCUGAUCAACCCGAGGAUGUACUUGCUACAUUAGGCCCCGAGUACCUAACGGAGGCACGAGCCCUUGGCGGCCGCCGCAUUGCCCAAUUCGGUGACCUUGUUGGAAUGGAACAUCGCCCGAGACACGAGCCUGCUGAAGAACAAGAACCUAAGAAACCCCAGAGACGCCAAAUUGUCCAGAUGCUCGACAAAGCUGGUGUUGCCACUAUUUUGCGGUUGCUGUUCAUGCCUCUUCAGGGCAACACACGCAUUCAGUUCAACGAUAUCGUCCAUAAUGUCUGCGAGAACCGCCAGAACCGUGGGGAGCUUAUCAGUCUUAUUCUUUCUGUCUUGCAAGACGGUAGUGUUGAUUCUUCCGCCAUCGAGCGCAGCUUUUCUCACCUAUCGCUCCGCGCCAAGACUCCUGGCUCGCAGAAGACUCCUCAGUCUGGCAAGCGUCAACUUUCCCUCCAGACCUCUGGCAUGAGCAGUGAUGUGACUCCGCUCAUGGUCGUACAACAAUGCCUGGCAACACUGUCCUACCUGUCUCAGUUUAAUGCUCAUGUUCCUUGGUUCUUCUUGACUGAGCAUGAUUCGGCUUCCCAGCUUAAGCUGAAGGCAUUCCGCAAGGGCAAGGGCAAAGAGAACCGAGCUAACAAAUUCGCUCUGAACUCUCUCCUUUCGCUUCUUGACAGGAAGUUGAUCAUGGACAAUCCUAACUGCAUGGAGCAGCUGUCUGCUCUACUCAGCAGCAUCACUCAACCGCUCACCGUUCUCCUCCGCCGUGAAAAGGAAAAGCCCGAAGAAGAGAAGGAAAAGAAGCCCGAAGAAGCUUCAGCUGGACAGGUGACGGAUCAACCAACCCAGGCCGCUGAACCUGGCACGGACACUACCAUGACAGACGCCCCACUGCCUACCGUUGAGACGGCUGAGGGACAAGAUACUGAAGGCACCGCAGAGGAUAAAGACGAUACUAAGAAGGCCGAAGGCACUGACAAGCCUGCCGAAGAAGAGAAGCGCAAGCGGAAGAGCAUUGAGCCCCCUGUCGUUCCUGAUCACAACUUCCGCCUAGUCGUUCACAUCCUUGCAGCUCGUGAAUGCAAUGGAAAAACAUUCCGUGAUACCCUCUCCACUAUCAACAACCUUUCUGCCAUCCCCGGUGCUCGGGAUGUGAUUGGCAAUGAGCUCGUCGGCCAAGCACAAGCCCUCAGCGAUACAAUUCUUGCAGAUCUUGAAGAGCUGCUUCCUUACAUCCAUCAAUCUGAGACUGGCACGGACAUGCAAGGCUUAGCCUUGGCUAAAUUCUCCCCGCCCAGCUCUGACCAGGCGAAGUUGCUUCGUAUCCUCACCGCACUCGACUAUCUCUUUGACCCAACUCGUGUUGACAAGUCGAAGGGAAGCGAGCCCGAAUCCGCACCCAAAGAAGAUGUUCUCAAGAGACUGUAUGAGAGUGCCACUUUCGGUCCUCUCUGGACGAAGCUCAGUGACUGCUUGACUGUCAUUCGCCAGAAGGAGAACAUGCUGAACGUAGCUACCAUUCUUUUGCCUUUGAUCGAGGCCUUGAUGGUUGUCUGCAAGAACACCACUCUCAAGGACCAGCCAAUUUCUCGGGGUAGCCGCGAGUUAUCAGUCAACAGUGCCUCGGCUGAUGCUGGUCUUAGCAUGGAGAACCUCUUCUUCAAGUUUACUGAGGAACACCGCAAGAUUCUCAACGAGCUCGUUCGCCAGAAUCCUCGCUUGAUGAGUGGCACAUUUUCCCUGCUGGUGAAGAACCCUAAGGUGCUUGAGUUUGAUAACAAGCGCAAUUACUUCACUCGUCGCAUGCACACGCGUGGUGCCGCCGAGCCUCGCCACACUCACCCUCCUCUCCAGCUCUCUGUGCGCCGAGACCAAGUCUUCCUUGACUCGUUCAAGUCUCUUUACUUUAAGAGUGCUGAUGAGCUCAAGCACGGCAAAUUGAACGUCCGCUUCCAUGGUGAAGAGGGUGUCGAUGCUGGCGGUGUCACUCGAGAAUGGUUUUCAGUCCUUGCCCGUGGCAUGUUCAAUCCCAACUACGCUCUGUUCAUUCCUGUUGCCGCCGAUCGGACUACUUUCCACCCCAACCGUCUGAGUGGUGUCAACUCCGAACACUUGAUGUUCUUCAAGUUCAUUGGCCGGAUCAUUGGCAAGGCUCUCUACGAGGGUCGUGUUUUGGACUGUCACUUCUCUCGUGCUGUUUACAAGAAUAUCCUUGGGCGUUCUGUGUCCAUCAAAGAUAUGGAGACACUUGACCUCGACUACUACAAGUCCUUGCUCUGGAUGCUGGAGAAUGAUAUCACCGACAUCAUCACUGAGAGCUUUUCCAUCGAAACCGAUGCCUUUGGUGAGAAGGAGACGAUCGACCUGAUUCCCGAUGGUCGCAACAUCCCAGUCACCCAAGAGAACAAGGAGGAGUACAUCCAGCGCGUGGUUGAGUACCGUCUGGUGGAGUCUGUCCGAGAGCAGCUUGACAAUUUCCUCAAAGGCUUCCAUGAAAUCAUUCCUCCUGAUCUCAUUUCCAUUUUCAACGAGCAGGAAUUGGAGCUGCUGAUCUCCGGUCUGCCCGAGAUUGAGGUCGAUGAGUGGAAGAACAACACUGAAUACCACAACUACUCUGCCUCGUCACCACAGAUCCAGUGGUUCUGGCGAGCCGUUCGCUCAUUUGACAAGGAGGAGCGUGCCAAGCUGUUGCAAUUCGUCACUGGUACCUCCAAGGUACCUCUCAACGGUUUCAAGGAACUGGAAGGUAUGAACGGAGUGAGCAAGUUCAACAUCCACCGUGAUUAUGGCAACAAGACUCGCUUGCCCAGCUCGCACACAUGUUUCAACCAGCUGGAUCUCCCUGAAUACGAAAGUUAUGAAGACCUCCGUCAACGGCUUUAUACCGCGAUGACAGCUGGUAGCGAGUACUUUGGAUUCGCAUAG